CUUACCUGGACACAGGUUAGGCAGGUGAAGCACCUCCCCGGAAACGGAGCUGGAAUGCCCCACCUGCCUGGCCCAGCCUGCUUUGAUCGGAUCCAGCACUUCCAGGCUUCUUGAGCCAUCCGUGACAGCUGAGGCCAUGUGAGGCAGAUCCUGAAUGAGGCUUUAUCUCUGCUCUUGGUCCUAUCAUCCACUGUGACACCAGCUCCUUCGACCAGCCGGGAUGGGACAGGCAACUGAGAGAGCCAGAGAGGUGAUGGUGACCACACCCCGGACGGGGAGAGGAACGGGACUCUGGGCCUCUAGCUGCCAAGCAGGUGGUGGGGGCUCUAGGCCAUGACCCACACCCUCUAACCCCUGACACUGCCCUCUGCCCUCUCCCCCGCCCCCUGGCCAUGUCUGAAGGAGAGGCUCCAGCCCCGCCAGGCCCGGGGGGGCUGCCCCCAGACAUGCUGGGAGAGCAGGUAGAGCUAUGGUGGUCCCAGCAGCCACGGCGCUCGGCACUCUGCUUCGCCGUGGCCGUGGUCCUGGUGGCGGGCUGUGGGGCGGGUGGCGUGGCACUGCUGUCUUCCACCAGCAGCCGCUCCGGUGAGUGGCGGCUGGCGACGGGCACAGUGCUCUGCCUGCUGGCCCUGCUGGUGCUGGUCAAGCAGCUGAUGAGCUCGGCGGUGCAGGACAUGAACUGUCUUCGCCAGCCCCACCACGUGGCCCUGCUGCGGAGCGGCGGAGGGGCCGAUGCGCUCGUGGUGCUGCUCAGUGGCCUGGUGGUGCUGGUCACUGGCCUGACGCUGGCCGGGCUGGCCGCUGCCCCUGCCCCGGCCCGGCCGCUGGCUGCCAUGCUGUCAGUGGGCAUUGGCCUGGCUGCCGCAGGCUCACUUCUGCUGCUGGGCUUGCUGCUGUACCAGGUGGGCCUGAGCGGACACUGUCCUCCCCUCCACGCAGCCGCCCCCGCCACCCCCGGUGACCACGGCGGCCACGGCAGCACCUUCAGCAUCUCGGGCCAGCUGUCUGCUGGCCAGCGUCACGAGACCACGUCCAGCAUCGCCAGCCUCAUCUGACUAAGCCCCAAUUCCCCUUUCCGCCCCCCGCCCCAGCAGCCACAGGGCUGUGCCAGGCUG